UCUCCCAGACAACACAACAACACAGCCAUUCUCCAUUCAAAAUACCAGGACUUGUCCAUAAUUCAAAAGAAAAUGUGCUUUUGCAGCGUUUCCGUGAAUUGUGUUUUGGCUCUGGGAACCCUAGACUGAUAAUUACGCGAACGUGCGUGGGUGGAUUGUGUGCGUGUGACUGCGUGAGUGUCUGUGCGUGACAGAGGGUUGGUGCAUGUUAGAGAGCGAGGCGAAGAGAGAGAGCGCGUGGGGUUUUGCUCCUCCACCUCUGCCAGGAGACAGACGAUGUCGCCUCUGGUCCCAUUAUUCGGACACUUCCAGCGCAGAAACACUGAGCACCACUGAGCUGCACCUUACUGGUUCUCUGAGCGCAGACAGGUGACUGUGGACCCGGGCUCGGGGGAGGGAUGAGCAGCCUGUCACAGACGGCUCGGUUCUCCGCGGAGCGCAGCUAUUUGGUGCGUGCUGAGUCGCUCUAGCGCCUUCUCCUUUUUGUCUUCACAUCUUGUUUUCAAGCUUGAGGGAACGACCAAACCCUGUCUGAUAUUUAUUCGCAGGUGUGACCAGGUUUGUUAAUCUUAUUUUUAGUAUGACAUCAGUGCCGAACGUGGGCUGGGUUAUUCACAUCUCCAGAGACGGAAUACGGGGAUAACCUAUAGGAAUUAACGGAGUGCUUCUCUUCCUCCCUCGCUGAUGGUGUUUUUUGGUUUGUUUGUUCCCCCUAAAAAUCCUGGAAUGGGAGCUCAAGCAACAAGCGACCAGGCUGUGUGCAGCACCUCUACGCACACUUACAAGGGAUAACGCAUUUGUGAAACAGUCGGUGGCUGGUUUGUGUGCAUAGAGGCUCUACCUGAGGAAUUACAGUAGUGAAACAAGCUGGCACCUGCCGUUUCCGAGUAAGGUGUGCGUUCUCUCUCUCUGCUGGGUCGAGGACAGGAAUGAACUCGUUUGCUGGAUUGUCAAACUAACGUAAAAAGUGCCUUGCACCUGCGGUUGAUCUACAUUUUUCCAGUCGGAGUCUGUGACGGAGCUGCAUUGACUGAAGUGUUCGUGGGGAGGAAGACAGACCCAGUCAUGGGCAGACACCCUGAUACUCUCCCCCAGCUGAAGCCCAGUUUUACAUUCCGGGUGCUGUGGUUGGUUCAAGCGUUGCUGGACCUGGCCGGCUCCCAGGAGAUUUACGCGCCGCACUCCAUCCGUGUGGAGGGCGACGUGACGCUGGGGGGGCUCUUCCCGGUCCACGCCAGGGGGGUCCCCGGGAUGCCGUGCGGGGACAUCAAGAAAGAAAACGGCAUCCACCGGCUGGAGGCGAUGAUGUACGCCCUGGACCAGAUUAACGGCGACGACGAGCUGUUGCCCAACGUCACCCUGGGCGCCCGGAUCCUGGACACCUGCUCCCGGGACACGUACGCGCUGGAGCAGUCGCUGACUUUCGUCCAGGCGCUCAUCCAGAAGGACACGUCGGAUGUGAGGUGCACCAACGGGGAGCCGCCGGUGUUUGUCAAGCCUGAGAAAGUUGUCGGAGUGAUAGGAGCGUCGGCCAGCUCGGUGUCCAUCAUGGUGGCCAACAUACUGCGCCUGUUUCAGAUUCCUCAGAUCAGCUAUGCUUCCACCGCCCCGGAGCUGAGCGACGACCGGCGGUACGACUUCUUCUCCCGGGUGGUCCCUCCGGACAGCUUCCAGGCUCAGGCCAUGGUGGACAUCGUCAAGGCCAUGGGCUGGAACUACGUGUCGACUGUGGCCUCAGAGGGCAGCUAUGGGGAGAAGGGGGUGGAUGCCUUCAUGCAGCUUUCCAGAGAAGCAGGUGGAAUCUGUAUCGCUCAGUCACUGAAGAUCCCUCACGACCACAAACCGUCCGACUUUGACAAACUCAUCCGUCUGCUGCUGGAUACUCGCUACGCCAGGACAGUCAUCCUGUUUGCUUCUGAUGAGGACAUCAGAGGCGUCCUGAAUGCCAGUAAGCGAGCGGACCAGGUCGGCCACUUCCUGUGGGUUGGCUCCGACAGCUGGGGGGCCAAGCACAGCCCCGUCCACCAGCUGGAGGACGCUGCUGUAGGAGCCAUCACCAUCCUGCCAAAGAGAGCCACCAUCAGCGGGUUCGACGCAUACUUCAUAUCACGGACUCUGGAGAACAACCGGAGGAAUGUGUGGUUUGCCGAGUACUGGGAGGAGAACUUCAACUGCAAACUGAUGAGCUCCUCCAAGAAGGAUGAGAGCAGCAGGAAGUGCACGGGUCAGGAACGCAUCGGCAUCGACUCCAAGUACGAGCAGGAGGGUAAGGUCCAGUUUGUGAUUGACGCAGUGUAUGCCAUGGCCCACGCCCUCCACAAUAUGCAGAGAGACCUGUGUCCAGAGAACUCUGGCAUCUGCCCGGAGAUGGACCUGGCCGGAGGGAAGAAACUACUCAAGUACAUCCGCAGUGUCAGCUUCAACGGAAGUGCUGGUACGUCAGUGACAUUCAACCGUAACGGUGACGCCCCUGGACGCUAUGAUCUGUUUCAGUACCAGUGGAACAACGUCAGCGGGCCGGGCUACCGGGUGAUCGGGCAGUGGACAGAGACGCUGCAGCUCAACAUUGAGGACAUGCAGUGGCCCCGGGGCGAGCAGGAGAUCCCCAGCUCUGUCUGCAGCCUUCCCUGUAAAACGGGCGAGAGGAAGAAGGUGGUGAAAGGCAUGCCGUGCUGCUGGCACUGCGAGCCCUGCGACGGCUACCAGUACCAGUACGAUGAGUUCACCUGCAAACUCUGCUCCUACAACAUGAGGCCGAGUGCCAACCGCACAUCCUGCCAGGCCAUACCCAUCAUAAAGCUGGAGUGGCACUCUCCCUGGGCAGUGAUUCCGGUUUUCCUGGCGAUGCUUGGGAUCAUCGCUACCAUCUUUGUCAUGGCUACGUUCAUACGCUACAAUGACACACCGAUUGUCCGGGCGUCCGGCAGGGAGGUGAGCUACGUCCUCCUGACUGGGAUAUUUCUGUGCUAUAUCAUCACGUUCCUCAUGAUUGCCAAGCCAGAUGUUGGUGUAUGCUCCUUCAGAAGGAUUUUCCUGGGUCUGGGAAUGUGCAUCAGCUACGCCGCCCUCCUCACCAAAACCAACCGUAUCUACCGAAUCUUCGAGCAGGGGAAGAAGUCGGUAACGGCGCCCAGGCUGAUCAGCCCCACGUCCCAACUGGCUAUCACCUCCAGCCUCAUCUCGGUCCAGCUGCUGGGGGUGUUAAUCUGGUUCGGGGUGGAUCCGCCCAACACCAUCAUAGACUACGACGAGCAGAAGACCAUCAACCCGGAUCUGGCACGGGGGGUGUUGAAAUGUGACAUCACAGAUCUUCAGAUUAUCUGCUCACUUGGCUACAGCAUCUUACUGAUGGUGACCUGUACUGUUUACGCCAUAAAGACCCGCGGAGUCCCUGAGAAUUUUAAUGAGGCCAAGCCCAUCGGCUUCACCAUGUACACCACCUGCAUCGUAUGGUUGGCUUUCAUACCCAUCUUCUUUGGCACGUCUCAGUCUGCAGAGAAGCUGUACAUCCAGAUGACCACACUGACCAUCUCCAUGAACCUUAGCGCCUCUGUGGCCCUCGGGAUGCUCUACAUGCCCAAAGUCUACGUCAUCAUUUUCCACCCAGAGCUCAAUGUGCAGAAGAGGAAACGUUCCUUCAAAGCUGUCGUCACAGCCGCCACAAUGUCGUCCCGACUCUCCCACAAGGCCAGCGACCGGCCCAACGGAGAGGCUAAGACAGAGCUGUGUGAGAACGUCGACCCCAACAGCUAAUUUCAUAAUUUAUCAGAGGCCCAGCAGCAAAGAAGAAAUAUGUGAGCUACAACGACCUUGUGAUCUAAUGGCAUUCCUCCAUCACGACGACUGAAGAAAAACCGAGAGACAUGGUAAUGACGAUAGGGGAUGUCUGGUCUCCUGCCCUGCUGUCUAAAACAGGAAACUGGAGCAAAAAGACGAGGAGCAGAAGAGUGUUUUAAGUUUUCUGUCUUUUUUGGUCUCGUGCUUCAUUGCCCACCACAGACGUUGAGAUUCUGGUGUGGAGCCUUGUGGGACUUUUCUUUGACCUAAGAAUUUGGGUAUAUUCAUUGUGUCUGAGAGAAAGAAGCCAGAAAGCAGAGACGAGGGCGGCUAAGCAUUUUUAAAAAAGAGCCGUGGUGAUGUUGGGAAACUGGUCUGAAAGUAAAAAAAAAAGUAUGUAAAACCCAGAAUCCUUUUGUUUGUGGUGUGGAGAACAAACACGGGGUGCAUGAGCAGACGCCUUGCAGCCUCUGGGUUGCUGUGAAUGGUCAGCAGCGUUCUGUCUGCUGUUGAUGUCAAACAAAGCAGCCGUCUCAGCCUGAUUUGUAUGGAGUCGUCUCUUAAUGUACUUCCAACAGCAAGUUUUUCCACCACGUGUAGUUCUUUAUGGCUUCUGUGUUGAUUUUCGUUUUUAUUUUGAACAAUGAUUAUGACGUUGAUGAUGAAUCUAUUUUGGUCUUGCUUCUUGAAUGCACAUUGUUUUUUAUUAAAGCCAUAUUCUUUGCUUUGAGAUGUGGAGGGCUUUGCUCACGCUGCCACCUGGAAUCUGAGUUUUGUCACUUCAAUGUCACAAAAGACGACUAAACCUUUAAAGAGAUUUUUUCAGUUGCUUCUUGCUCUGAUCACACUACUUCCAGUAAGGACUGAUUAAACUAAAUGAAGCUGACAAAUACAGUCUAAUUAUUUAUUUUCAGUCUGACACUCUGCACUCCGCCUCAUACAAACCCGAUCGUUCCUAUCCGUGCUCCUAUUUGACUGACAUCGGACUUUAGGAAGGAGCAAGUGCAAUUUUACAUAACCGCUGCAACGGGGCCCAGGUUGCUUUAGAGUACCUUUAUCAGGGCUAUGAGCUGUGUGUCACAGCCCCAGCUGUGGCGGUGAGCACUCGCACCAGCAGCCAAACUACAGUAACUAACUUCCUGUUGUUGUUACCUGCAUGCACCUGUCCUGUUCGCCCCACACAUACCUCCAACUUAAACCAGAGAACCAGACUGCCUCGACCUUUCCAGUGUUCUCCUGAUUAUCUGACUGGGAGUCAGAUCUGAAGACGCUUGUUUUCUCAGAAACUUGUAACAAAUCUUAAGCUGUGAACUUUCAUGGCCAGCCAAAAAGGAUGAGAGCGUGACGAAGCAUGCUUUUGUGUUAUUUGUGGGUCCAGAAAUCUUCACUUCAGUCUUCUGACAUGGUAAAAAUCGGAUUCCUCAGCUGGCCGUGAAUGCAAAGCCAAAAAAAUAAAAUAAAAACAUUAAAUAAAUAGAUAAAUAAAUGGGCGUGUUUGUAAAAGCCUUUUUGUUUGACUUGUUUGAAAUGUUUGUGGUCCCAUGAUGAAAGCAUCCCAUCCUGACGUAUGUUCCUUCUUCACACUCUCAUACAUGAUGACUUCUCCAGUAUUUUGUCGGUGUAUGAUGAUGAUGAUGAUGACGACCCUUAACUGUGUUGUAGCUGGCUCCAAGACAACAGUCUGCGCUGGCUCUGUGCCGAGUACCUGGUGACCUCCUGGACUACUGGUACAACAAACAGCGUUGAUGUCGAGGUCGUCAAUGCAUGCCUGAUAUGUUCGAUGUUGAAACAGAAAAAAAGUUUUGAAUAAUGAAAAUCUAACAGUUGAUUCCACCUGUCUGCUCUGAAUUGUACUGUUUUUUUUUAUUUACUAUGUUUCUUUACCAUUAUCUUCCACUGAUAUGUUCUCACACAGCAGAAUAUGGCUUUGACGGGUUUCUUACGUUCCUGGAAACUAUGGGAAAUGGAGAGAAAUAUGGAUAUAUAUUUAGAAAACUAAAUACUUGUUUAAAAAAAGGAAGCAUGUAUGUUUUCUACUGUUUGUACUAGGUAUAUUCAUGUUGCCCUUGCUGCUUAUGUCCCAGUGUUGUGGGAGAUAUUUACAUCUGGCCACUCAUGCAACUAUUCUGUGGUGUUGUCUAAGAAUGUAUCAACAUGAAAUAAAAAACAACUUUGGUUAUUUUUUUAUAUAUUCC